AUGGCCAGGCUGGAGAAGCAGAUGGGGAGUCGACUGAACAACUUCAAACAGGUUGUGGGAAAGGUGGCCGAGGCAGUUAACGUUGACACCAAGAUGUAUACGUCCCACGACCACCCGUUCACAGAAAACAUCAUCCGGGUCCCACUUCCUGACAAGUACAAGUCGCCCCCCAUCCCGUUAUACGACGGGAGGAGUGACCCGGACGAUCACUUAGAGGUGUACACAGGACACAUGGUCCUGUAUGGAUACCCCGAGGAGGUAAUGUGCCGGACGUUCAGGAAUCACCUUUCUGAUUCCGCGAGGAGAUGGUUUAGGUCCCUCAAACCAAACUCUAUCACCAGCUGGGAUGAUUUGAAGAAUGACUUUUUGACUCAGUUCAUAGGUGUCAAGAAAUACAUCCCACCUAAACAGAACCUGUCGAGGGUAUACCAGGGACCAAACGAGUCCCUGAAGGACUGGAUAGCCCGGUUCGGGGAACAGGUCACCGCCACAGAAGGAAUCUCCGACGAAGUGGCCCUGAUGGGGGCGCUGUCCAGCAUGAAGAAGGACAUUCCCUACAGCACAGACCUCGGCCGAAGGCCGCCCCAUGCCUAUCAAGAAUUCCUGACAAGGGCACAGGGGUUCAUAAAUGCCGAGGAGGCCAAGAAGGCCUUAAAGAGCAAGGCGGCAACCCCUGCCAAGGAGGAGGUAAGGCAGGCUAGCAGUCAGAACAACGGCAAGAAGCACCGAGGUCCUCCUCAGGUGCAAGCCGAGCCAAGCCAUCUCCAGGUCCUGCGUCGACCUCCACCCCUGAAGUCUGACCCGGCACGGAGGAACCAGAACAAAUACUGUCGCUUCCACGGCGAGAGUGGUCACACCACGGCCGAGUGCUACGACCUGAGGGAUGAGGUCGAGAGGUUGAUCCGGGAAGGGAGGCUAGGCGAAUACCGAGCCGACCGCCGGAACAACAGGCGCAACGAAGAUCGACGGGAUGAGCAAAGGUGCGAUAACCCACCCGAACCAGUUGGGGUCAUAAGAACGAUAUUUGGGGGACCAUACCUCGGCGGUACCUCUCGACGCGCACAGAAGGAGUACGCUCGAGAGGCGUAG